AAGGGUUGUAUUAUUGGGAUUCUUGUUCUAAAAGCCAUUUACAUUGCUUCUGUUGGUGCUUUGGCAAAAAGGAGUGUACGUCUAUUCAUGGAGGAAAUAUAAUAUAUUUCCUCCAUGGUCUAUUAUACCACUACACAGUAGUGCAGUAUUUAGUUCAUAACACGGAAGGGACAAAAGCGGAAAACUGGUUUACAAAUCGAAGAAUAACAUUCUAAAAUGCGAUAAUUUUGAAAGUGGUUAUAAGCAGCGAUCGCCAAUAAGGUUACACUGGUGAAGAAGCAGCAACGAAAUCGUAUUUUGAUCACGAUAGCGUGGAUGGAACGGAAUAUGAUUUCUAUGAUGCUAGAAUUAAUAAUAGCAGCAAGGAGCUACGAAUGCUUUCGACUGUGGGUGACGAUGGUGAAGGUACAAUAAGCCGUUUUUUUUAACUUGGGGGGAGUUGACCUGCUUUGUGCUUUGUUUAUUUGAAGGACGUGCUUAGAUUGGCUUAUUUUAUGGGACAUGCUGAACAACUUCCAUCAGCCAAAAUAAAACGCAAUGCACCUGCACUCACAACCUCGUAGGCCUAUGCAGUAGACCAACUUAAUUUACGGGCUUAUGUUUACGUUCAGAGCUCUGGCAAAAUCAUUUGUGGAUGUUACGCGAUACCUAAUUAUUUGUCUUGUGAAAGGAAUUGGUAAUUUAGAUUAUGGAGGCGAGAUUGGAACAAUGGAGGAUGCAGAAGACAAACAGGACACCACAAACCAGAAGGCAACCGACUGAUAGGAAAAAGCUACCUUGCGGCAAAAACUUGAUUAGUUUUAAAACACAACAAAAAGGUCAAAUGUCAAGAAGUGUUCCAAGUUCAAGGAGGAAACAAAGAUCAAAACAGGAGGAUAGGUCAGCACAGGGACAAAGGUCUGUACUAGCUCUACGGUCAAAACAACAGGAUGUUCAUCAACGCAAAGAGACAAGCUCCGAUCUAACCAUGAGAGAAAAACUUGAAGCCUGGCUUGUUGAGAAAAAAAAAGCGAAUGGAAUUUGAAAAAGCAGAGAUUAAGAUUCGACCAUGGAACAGUAAUAAGAGGAAGCUAGCAGUGAGUCGCCUGGAUUGGCAGCCAGACACAAGCUUCAAACUAAGAGACAUUGUAACAAGCAAAUACCGGGGGUACUACGGUCAAGCAAAAGCUUGUAAGUUAACUCCUGGUCAACUCCUUUGUCCUGUUGAUACAACUCAAAGGGAAGUGAUAAAUUUAAAGGAAAAUGUCAUGACAGAAAUCAAUUCAGUUAAAAUGAGUUUGGAGGAAGAAGGACUUGAGGUGAUAAGAGUGUCUUCAGGUGAUCUCAUCAAGUCUGGAGAUUUGCAGAGUACUUUGGUAAAUGAAAACAAGACUGAGAAAAAUAGAAGGGCUCGCUUGGAAGAGUGGCUUACAGCAAAGGGUAAGACACCGCACACGGUCAAAAGAAAUGUUCGGCGAGAAACAUUUGAUGUUGUCAGACUCAGUCCAGAACUAGAGCAAUGUGUUCAAGUGGAUGAGGAUGCCCGUUUGGAAAGAAGUGAAGUGGACGUGAAUUGCGCCCUCGAUGAAUGCCUUCACAGCUGUCUUGGUUUCAUGAACGAGAUAAAGAAUGAAAGGAAAGUUAGUGAUUGGCUAGAAGAGCUACAUGAACGCUGCCCUCAAGUAAGAAGUAGAGCUUUGUUUUGGGUUUGUCGAGCUAAAGUUGCUGAGACUGUUGGCUUUGGUCAAGAGCAUGUCCUCGCUUUGUAUGAACAAGCAAUUGAUCACAAAGCAAAGCAGCCCACUGACAUUUUGAAAUCAGCGUUACAAGAUUUCACAAUCAGAUACUCACAAAGAAUGGACACUACACCCUCUGCAACUCCAAAACCUCUCCUACGCACACCUGGGCCAGUGUCGUCAAGCACCCGAAAAUACUGCCCCACCCCCAAGGUGGAGGAGGGUACAUCAUCUGUGGUCCGUUACUCUCUUGUUAAAUCCACGCCCAUUGUAAACCGAUUGAACAAAAGCAUGGAUGGCAGUUCUCAACGGUUUUUAGUGACGCCUGUCCGACGUUCCAUACGGCUUCAGAAGAUCGCUGGUAGAGGUCAUAGUACUAGUCGGGGGAAUAACCGAUGCAUUUCCUCCCUACAAGAUCUACCAGCGGAUAUGGAAAGUCUGGUAAUGAAGCCUAAUAGAGCUUUAGAGGAGGAAGUUAUGGGCACAAUUGAUGAAUAAGAUGAUUUUAUUAUUUUUAUUUUGUUUUUCAUUAUUUGAUCAAACAAUAGCCUGGUUCACGUCGAAGUUUUAUCUAGAUAUACAUCCACUUAACUAGUUAAAAGUUUGACGUGAACCACUCAA